AUGGCUACUGACUUAGUGAUAAAUACCAACCCACCCAGCAUACCGAAUACUAGCCACAACACGACUAAUCAGGUAGAUGGUGCAGCACUUUUGUCAUUUGUGCCAGGGUACCGUCCUGUGACUCCCACAUUUACUGCCCACACACAUGCGUUUCCAAGGAGACUCCCACCAUCACCCUAUCCAGAAACACCAACACCUGCAGCUUCAGCCAGCCGCCCUCGCACCAGAAGUUGGACUACCACUGUUGCAGUUAAGGCAGUAAAGAGUGUCGAAGCCUUACGCCCCAAAAAGUCAUUUGGGGCUCUUAGGAAGUCUGGUCGCAAACGACGCGAUUCGACACAUGAAAUAGGGAAUAAAUAUCAUCAUAUUUCAUCUCCUCGUUCCAACCUUCGUUCAACAUCUUCUGGGCCUGCAUACGGCUUUGGACAACGCGUGGGGGCAUUUUCGCUUCUUAGUCCUCAAGUCGACAAAGCUCUGCCGUCUGAGAAGCCCUUGCCGCAGACUCCAGAAGCGAAACGCGAACCUGGACUUUCUCCUCCUUCACGUAGCCUUAUUGACGCUGAGGAACGCCCCCUUCGUCGAUCUCCUGCCGGUAUGCCUGGAGUCAAGGAGGAUUGGCCAAUCCUCGCACCAUCAGCAGCUCCAGAAACUCAACAAAAUGGUCCUGAAGCAACCCAGCUGACAACCAUGGCUCCCAAAAUACUUGUCGACGAUACAUGCGGCAUUAGAUUGUUUGGUGAUGCAGCGAAUAGGCUAGCAGGAACAUUCAACAACACGCCCUGUAGCCCAUGCAACCCAAAAGUUACUACUGAUAUAAAUGUUUUAGGCGAGUCUGUGGUUGAUAUUGCUGAGACAGGGUCAGCGAACGCGUCAAACAUACAAAGCUCUAAUCCCUUUAGAAAUAAAUCCCGCGCAAUUGCUGUACCAGGAAGCGCUCCAGAAACGCCUGCGAAUCGCAAUUUUUCUUACACUUUCGACUCACAACGGCGAGAUACGUCCCACAGAUCGCCAAAAGACCAAAAUGUGAACGGUGCUUCGGUCCCAGAAAAUUCAGUGGAGUAUAUAGCGCCAAUCGGCAAGAAAGCAUCAGCUUCUAAAAUUCCUAAAAUAUCCCCUGGUGCCUCACCUAUAAGCCCGGCAUUUGCUUCCGGCCUAGCCAAGAGACCGAUGUCUCCUGCAUUUUCUCCAACCCAUCGAAGUUCGAUUCCAGUCCCAAGCCGCUUUCUUCGUAGCUAUCGAAGCGAGCAGCUGCCAGUGACGCCCAUCAACCAAAAAUCUGCGAUAGCCACCAGAAACCCUGAGUCGAGUAUUACCUCCAUUGCUGAUAAUUCUGGUCUCUUAAAGGAGGCCGAUUCUCCCAAGCGUGAACCGCCUCUUGAUCUUGGCCUUGUGAGUGACAAUGACGAAUCUGAUUUCCAUUUUGAGGAGGCAUUGUGCGGCGAAUACGUUGAGCAAGGGGGCGUUAGAGUCAAACAAUUAGCACACAUGUCUCCGUCCGGGGGAGGCCCGCAAUUGAGAAUCUCCCCGGAAGCUGAGAAGAUCAUUAUGGGUGAGGGAGACCUGCAAGAAAACACAUCAAAGAGGAAUUCGAUUCAGGGGCGCUGGAAAGCAGAAAAUCGCCGUGAAUUUAGGAUAUCUACCGAUAGCUUGUUCGGUAGUCUGGGAGUUAAACGUGAUCGAAACCCACGCGCCCGAUCUUCUAUGGGCGCGGUUUCGGUUCCUGAACCUUCUCCCAAAAUGGAACCCCUAAGCAGGAUACCUAAAGUCAAGAGCGCGGAUCUUACUAUCCACUCUCCCUGCCCCCCGGGUAGCCACAAUGGGCAUAGGGCUCUACGACGAACAGAAUCCAGUGUAUCGCCGACUGGCAAAACAUCAAAUAACCCAUUUUUCAAUAAGGUGCUUUCGAAAUCAUCUUCGUUUAUAGCGAACCACGGGAAGAAAAUAUCAAAGGAUAUAACCUCUGGCGUUGCGCAAGUUGGAGAAUCAGUUCCUAAAGAAGCUACUCGAUAUAAUGAAAUAGCUAAAAACAUAAGUGGAAGUAAACAUAGUCCCGGGCGUCUCGGAGCGAAUGAUAUUUACUCUUCGAAAACAAAGCGGACGCCAGAGAGGGGGGAAGCCCGAAAGAAUUCGACUACCAAGCAGGAGUCACCCAAAAUUACCCGCUCUCAACAAAUUCCUUCCUACCGCUCAUCCGACAGAGCGACACGUCGAAAUUCACAUGACCAUGCUCGUUCGUCAAGAACGAAAAUACCCCAUGGAAUGGCAAUGUCUACAGUGCAUGAAAGCCAUCGUAUUCCGGGUGCGCCUUUGAAAGAAAGGACGGCCCAUGGCCAUCGUUCCCACAUUCCCACGCAUACCACUACUUCUCAGGAAUCAGUUAAGCCGAAGACCUCCAGUACCAAAGGAGUGUUGUCCAACUUCCGUGGCCUCUUCACCAAACAUAAAACAGAAGUAACGAAGGAGACUACUGCGGCUAUGCCGCCUCGUCCGAAGGAAAGGCUUUCACGAAAAUCCAAAACGUCUCUUAAUAAAGGACGAUCGGUUACCAGAAGCCCUGUGCGUUGCUACCAGGCAAUUUUUGGCACUGACCGUGAAGUCCAAGCCUCUAACGAGUUGCAGAAUAACAACACCACUUUAUCUAUAAAUUCAUCUACCACACAUGUUGUGCCUGCAUUUGCUGACACUAGGAAUGUUAGUGGCCUUGCAAUGGAAGUUCUUGAUACUGCUCGUGUCGAGUCAAACAGUGGGAAAAAAGAGGAGCUUGUUAGGCUUGGAAAAUUUCUUAUCGAGGCUGUUAAUCACUCGAACGAUGCCGAGAAAGCUAUGAUUACAGCUAUUCAAGCUGCCAAACAGGCAGAAAUCUCAUGUGCUUUGGCAAAAGAGAAUGCUUUGCGAAUUGGCAAUAUUGCGCGCGAAUGGUUAGAGGGAAGUCAAAAUGCCGUAACUGCCUAA